AUGACAGGAGAUAAACUCAAUGAUUCUGCAAGCAUCAAAGAGGAAAUUGUAAGCUUCUACGAAGGAUUGAUGAGAACAGUUGCUCAUAGGUUAUCAGAAAUUGACAAGAAGAUAAUGGAAAAGGACCCACUCUGUCACAACAACGGAGAAUCUUAUUGUGUAGGGAUGUCACUAAGCAAGAAAUCUAUCAGUGUCAUCAAGAAAAAAGUCACUGAAGUUGUUACAGAUUUCUUUACUACAUGGAGCAUGUACAAAGCUAUUAACUGUACAGCCAUCACUCUAGUGCCCAAUACUCACAAGCCUAAGACAGUUAAAGAGUUCAGGCCAAUUGCAUGUUGCAUAGUCCUAUAUAAGCUUAUCUCCAAGAUUUUAGCUUCAAGACUCCAAGCUAUUAUCUCCACUGUUAUCAGUGAUUCACAUUCUGGAUUAUUCCAGGAAAAAAGAAUACAGACAAUGUCAUCCUUGCACAUGAAUUGGUUAAAGCCUAUUCCAGGAAACAUUCCUCUCCCAUAUGCAUGA